AUGUCAGCUCCUGGCUUGGGCGGCCAAGGUGUCGGCCUGGACGAGCAGAAGCUGAAGGAGCAGCAGAUGAUCAAAUUUAUGCAACAAGCCAUGGAGUCAUGUCCAGCAAAGACUGCAAUGUCAGGUGUCAUGGGUUUUGGUCUGGGUGGUCUCUUUGGUCUCUUCAUGUCGAGUAUGCGAUAUGAUGCUCCCAUGACGGCUGGCGCAGACGCAAUCACAAAACUCCCAGUCAAGGAACAGUUACGACAAGGAUUCAAAGAGAUGGGCAAAGCGAGUUGGAGCAGUGCAAAGAACUUCGGUCUUGUUGGUGGCAUUUUUGCUGGAACCGAGUGCUGUAUCGAGGGCUUCCGCGCAAAGAACGACUUGUACAAUGGCGUAGCAGCUGGCUGCAUCACAGGUGGUGCUCUCGCCGCAAAGGCCGGUCCACAGGCUGCUGCUCUUGGUUGCGCCGGCUUUGCUGGUUUCAGUGCCGCUAUCGAUUACUACAUGCGCAUGCCGAACGACGACACAGCCGCCGACCCCAUCGCUUAG